AUGGAAGAGUGUGUCGAUGGUACGACGAAGACAUACGACGCCUCCGCAAUGAUAGAUGAGACCUACUGGCUCAUAUCGACAAUGGGAAAGGUGUGCCGAUGGUCUACCAGCGGCGCGAAGAUUGCUGGCACCACCCGCAGCGAUGCCCCUGGCAGCAAAGCCUCGAUGACCUUGCUCCCUGCGGCCUACUUCCAGGAUCUGACGCUCUUUCCUGUUGCUCUCAGCCAUGUGCAGAUCAUUGGAACACAGGCCGGAACCUGCGAGGCUGCGGGCCAGAAGUUCGCCUUGACGGGUACGGGCCCGGUGUUCUCGGCCGAGCUCGACGAGGUUGCGGCAAAGUCAACACUCUUCUGCAACACGCCAGUGAUGGUGUUCGGCAUCGCAGGUGUUGGAGACGCAGUUCAGCUUCUCAACUCUCCGUCCACCAGCCCUGUUGCCUACACGAAGUAUGCCAACGGUGUCUGUGACACAGAAGACAAGUUUGACAAAGACACGUUGCAAGAGGAGCAUCCGGAGCUAACAGAUGGGAAGACGUUGGAGUGGAAGCUGAAAACAACGAAGGAGAAGCCAGGUGUCUGCAAUGUGGACUCACUGGACGAGUGCUUCUCUUUGUGCUCGUCGGUAAAGGAUUGCAAGUUCUUUGCUACGCACUUUGCGGUGAACUGCAAAGCCUGCUUGCUGUUUAAGAGUUGCCAAUCCUUCGGGUCCACAUCGUUGGUGCAGGAUGACGGGGAAGGCGAAGCCGGCGAAGCCCAUGGCUCUGAGGGCGAAACCGAGUUCCAGCGGUACGACAUCUUCCAAGUGGAGCAGUCGGACAUUAAAGACACUGCUUCGGAUGUGAACCUCAUCAAGAAUCCGAUGUUUACUGAUGGGAAGACGGGCUGGACUGAUUUGUGCCCGCCCAUGAUGUACAAUGGAAAGAACCUCUCGUUCGAGUGCAAGAACUCGGGUGUGUGGGACAGUGUGCCCGAGGUUUUGGGCGGUGACAAGUUCGCCUAUCACAUCAAGGGCCCGAAGUGUUGGGAAGGCUCACGAGGUGGAGUGUACCAAGACCUGGCAACUGAGAUGGGCUACACCUAUGAGCUGACCUACAAGCUGGUCGACGGCUACUUCAGUAAGAAGGAUGCGAAGGAGGAGAAAAGCUGGGUUGAAGUGCAGAGCCCGGUCGGCCAUGGGGUGCUCGAUGAGGAGGCGGAGACCGAUGCCUCGGCGCAGGAGCCCACCCAGGGCCAGUGGCAGACAAAGGGCCCUUACACGUUCAUCGCCGCCGCGAACAAAUCGCGUAUCUUCUUCUACACCGGUGGCACAGCGUGUACGAGCAUCGACGACGUGAUUGUGAAGAAGACGAAGGAUGCCAAGUAUGUCGUGUACAGCUUCGCCGCGCUGAUCAAAGAGGGCCACUUCAUGGUCACGAAAGGAGCCUUCCCGACGAACGCCUCCGAUGUCAACUCCAGUGACGGCAGCUCCCUACAAGUGCUGAAGGACGACAUCGUGAUCAUGAAGCCAUCGGAGAAAGCCGGGGAUGAACGAGAGUCAUCCCGCGGGGAGAAUGACUUGGAUGUGAACACGCUGGAUCUCACCGGUGGUGGAUGCAGCCGCAUCUCCGGCUUCGUGAGGUACACGCCUCAGCCGCUAUAUGAGUACAGCGAAGAAGAGCUGAAGGAUGGCAGCCACAGCAGCGUGAGGUUCGAGAUACAGGAGCCCAUAGGGCACCCAGUCAACCCGCCUGCGGAGAUCGGCGUGACGGGCUCCGUGAUCAACGCUGUUUUGGACCCCUCGCCCGAGCACCUGCGGAUCAGGGUGAAGAAGGAAGCCAGCGUGAAGAGCAAUGACACCGACCAUGUGCAGGGAGCUUAG